GCUCAGGCCCAGAGGAACACGCGUGGGGUCGACGAAGAUCUCUCACCAGUACUCCUCAGGGGCUUGCCCGCGCAAUGAUUCGCGCGGACCAUCUGCAGCACCAGAGCUCGCCAGACUCGGACAGCUCGAGGGAGCGCGCCGAGGCUGCGCCGGGGUCUCCGCAGACCGCAACCGACGGGCUGCGGUGCCCCCGCGGCGGCAGCGCGGACGAGGGCCUGGGCGACGGCCGCAGGGCUGCCCUGGGCCUCGCCGUUCGCCGCCACGCCUGGUGUGAGAGCGGCGCGUCGAUAGGCAGGGCGGCCGAGAUUGCCGACGGCGGCGAGGGCAAGGGCCCAGGAGAUGGCCGAGAGGCCGGCAAGGACCCCGCCGUCGGCCGUCGCCUCUCCGACGGCCUGUGCGGAGGCGAUUGCGCCACAGUCAGCGCCGAGAUCAUGAGGCGCGCGGAGCACUUCUGCGAGUCCACCGAGGAGGGUCCGGGUGCGUGGAGGCAUGCAGGCCGACCUGUCGUCGUAGAGGACGAGGAGGACAGCUUGGUGAGGCAGCAGUGCCGAGAGCUCAACGCCCGUUACGCGGCAGGUGUUGACCUCACGAUGAGCUCUUUGCCGAGCCUCACGAUGAGCUCCUUGCCGAGCCUCACGAUGGGCUCCUUGCCGUGCCUUGAAGAACCCUCAUCGGUUCAGCCGAGCCUCACGUUGAGCUCCUUGCCGUGCCUUGAAGAACAGUUCUCGCCGAGGGACGCAGAAGAGCACGAGGAGCCACUGCUGCCGCAGAGCGAGCCCGUGGAGUCUGCCUCGCCGACUUGCGUGUGGGAGCUGCACGACCCGAUGGACACCGAGCGCGUGUGCUCCUCAGGGACCAUUUCGGAGGCCUUCUCCUGGAGCCGCGAGGCCAGGGUCGCCCAGCCGCAGGUUGGGCCGCCGGCGCUACCCUGCGCGAAGGGGUCUGAACCGGCGUUGUUGGAGGGAUCGCGACGCCCACUGGGCCUGACGAGUUCGCAGAUUUGCUCCCUGCUGGACACCAACUUUCCCAGCGAGAACUCAUCCAGCCCGACCACAACCGGGCACUGCGGUGAGACCUCCACGGUGGUGUCGACGAGGGAGCCAUCGCCGUGCGAGCGCGGCUGGGCAAUUGAAGACGCCGCCUAUCCCGCCGAGGAUCCAUGCGAUUCGGUCGACCCGAUCGGGGUGGCCAUGAUGGAGUGGCGCCAGCGGCGUGAGCAGCGGCGUGAGCAGCGGCGCAUUUCUGCGAAAGUGAAGCGCACUUACGGCGUGUGGCUUCGUGAGCGAGCAGACCGGCCAGACGACCAGUUCGGGGCGGGCAAUUCACACCAGACGGCUGGCUGGCGGACGCGGUGAUGCUGACGAUCACGGUGGCCCCUCACCCACCUUGUCGUCCCAGCACGUGCGGCUGACCGACCCCAGCCGACCUAUGCUGACGAGCUUGGCUCCUGACAGCACUGUUUGAAGCGCGAGAGAUGCCUCCAGUGGCCAAGAGGGAGGAGGGC